AUGUCGGACGGCGAAGUCGAGGUCGAGACCCAGACCGUUCAGGUCCUACCCAAGGAUGUUGUCGAGGAGAUUGGCUCUAUCAAGCUCUUUAACAAGUGGACCUAUGAGGAUGUUGAGAUUCGGGAUAUCUCUUUAACUGACUACAUUCAAAUCCGCGCACCCGUAUACAUCCCGCACUCGGCUGGUCGCUAUGCUCAAAAGCGCUUCCGCAAGGCGCAAUGUCCGAUCAUUGAGCGUCUCACCAACAGCAUGAUGAUGAACGGAAGGAACAACGGCAAGAAGCUCAUGGCCGUCCGCAUCGUCGCCCACUCGUUCGAGAUUAUCCACAUCAUGACCGAUCAGAACCCGAUCCAGGUUGCCGUUGACGCCAUUGUCAACUGCGGUCCCCGCGAAGACAGCACACGUAUUGGAAGCGCCGGUACCGUUCGUCGUCAAGCCGUCGAUGUUUCGCCUCUCCGCCGUGUCAACCAGGCUAUCGCUCUCCUCACCAUCGGUGCCCGUGAGGCCUCCUUCCGUAACGUCAAGAGUGUAGCAGAGUGCCUGGCAGAAGAGCUCAUCAACGCUGCUAAGGGUAGCUCAAACUCAUAUGCCAUCAAGAAGAAGGACGAGUUGGAGCGUGUCGCUAAGAGCAAUCGGUAA